UGACGACAUAGAUACUACGGUUAUGCGAGGUCUAUGGCCCGAAGAGCUGUUGAGCGGCGAAAGAUCGUCCCAUUGAGAUGCAACCUUAGUGACACGCCCACUCGGAGCCGGAACUAGCAUGCCCCCACGAGGUCGACAACGGAAGCGGGACAUCAAGACACCUCCAUCCCGGCAGGCGGAACAUCGCAGGAUCAACGACAUUAUACAUGAAGUGAACUAUGGUAUACGGAAGUUCAACAGAGAGCACUUUGAGGGAAAGUCCGUCGACUAUCACGCAUGCUCAGAAUGCAUGGACAAAUUACUCGAGGAAUGGGAGAUGGACAAGGAUUCUCUCUCAACGUGGAAGGAGUUUGUAGACAUCACCAACACAAAGACCAUUGACAAGAAAACCAAGAGGAGUCAACAGUUUAAAACCCUACUCCAUUUAUGUCACCGUGCUAGAGAUUUCGAGCUAAUGGUUCCGGUCAUGCGCAAUAAGCUCGUUUCCUGUGUGAAUGACCAUAUGUACAAGUACUGCCUCAGCUUCCAGGAAGAUUCAAGGCCCCAUGAGGUCACACCUAUAAAAGACUAUGAGGCGGCUAUAGCGUCGCACAAGGUGGAGAUUGAUGAGAAGUUGAACGCUGUCAACCACAGCAUAUUGCGGUAUGGAGAACUGAAGAGUCCGUUUUACAAGUUCGUGUUUGAGGGCCAGGAACAUGGGACGCUGAUGGAGGACAUCACCGCCACGUUCAGUGAGAUCUCUGAGAUGCUGAAAAAGUGGGUGCAAGAUGAUGCUUCAUACCCUGAAAAACUCAAUCAAGAAAUUCAGUUUAAUAAUUCUUAUAAGGAAAAGAUGCAAAAUGACAUUACUACUCUGCAUGACAAAGAAAUCGCACAAUUCUCAGCAAAUUGAUAAAAUGCAACGGUCCAGGGUUAAAUUGGAAAAGAGUAUAACAUUUAUAAACAGGAGAAAAUUAAGACAAAACGACGGCUGGAGACAGUUGAGUUAAAGAUCGAGAGACUUGGUAAAGAAAGGGCAGCGAGUAGUGAAAAACUGGAAGAGCAGAAAGGAAAAACGCGGGCAAAAACUCUCCUCGUGAGAAAAGUGACAUUGACCGACAGAUUGACAAAUGUCAACAUGACCUUGAACUUUUUCGAUGAACGUGAACGACCAAUGAAACGCCAGAGAAGUAGACUGAAAAAAGAGCAUAAAGAGGUGUCAGACAGGACAUAUGAGUUAAAGGUGGAGGUUGUUACCCUGAGACACAAACAGUUCGAGUUGAGGAAGGAUAUGGAUAACAUUGAUAUUGAAAUCAGCUCAAUUCAGGAGAGGAUUGCCAGCAUAGAUCAAAAGACUGACGUCAUCAGGAAGAUCAGAGACAUGAAGCUGUUACCUACGUACCUGAGAAAACGUCACUUGGAGAAGAGGAACGAACCUCUGGUUGAAGAUAAACUUCAAGAUGCCUGUCAGUAUGUGGCGCAUUCAAUCGGAGAUGACUGGAAGCGGUUGUACGAUCGUCUGCCCUUCAUACCGUCACGUGACGGGAGCAGACGACAGCGUGACGUGGAGAUCAUGGACCUGAUUGCCGCCAAACGUGACAGAACCACUGAGGAGCAGGCACGACAAAGUCUGGAGAAAUGGCGCUGGUUCAACAGACAGGGAGACGUAGGGCAGUUAAUAAAAACUCUCAGGAAGAUGCACAAGGUGGACAUUGCAAGAAAACUGGAGAACAAAUUCAUGAUUGAGAAUGUGUACGGUUAGACAAUGGAGCUAUAUUGUAAUACAGUCGUGUUAUAGUUUUAUCGCCAGUGAGAAAGAAAAUUCGCAAGCUCAUGAUUAAGGCAAGAUAGACGGUGACAUCCCUAAAUGAAUGGAAAACGCGUGUGAAAGGUAUAUCACCUUUGACUGAGAGAUCAUUUUCUUACAUAUGCAUGUCGGGAACGACACAAUUAGUGACAGGUUCAUGUGUGUGUUUUGACACGCAUCAGUAGACAACGAGUCUAGAAGGAGCAGAUCGACAAGAGUCUAUCGACAAGUUUAUCCAUUAAGUAUUAUACGUUUCUUUAGAGUCUGGUAUCCUGUUUCUCAGAAACGGAAAAUGGAUUUGUCACUGGCGUAUUAUCCUUAAUCGUCUGUUUGACAGCUUAGAAUUUUGAAAUAUUUUUUGUAGCAUAAUCGUACUUAAAGAGAUAACAACACGAGCUGAUGUGCAGACUUGCGUCCUUCAUUCGUGGCAGGAUCCGCUGAAUGAAGGUUGGAAUAUCAGAUUCGACAUGACUAUCUUCCUUAGAGUACUCAUGGGUUUCACGAAGGUGAUACACGUGAACGACAUGAGGUAAUCUGACAUUUCCCCUCAUAUAAAUUUUGAACUCAAUGAAAUCGUAAUCAGAGCAGAAAAACCUGUUAGAAAAUAGUGUGUGUAUACUCUCCACAGUGCAUCGAUCACACCACCAGGCGUAUAUCAGACGCUGCCCGACUUGGGCUUUUAGAAAAUACUCUGUAAAUAUGCUUGUAGAGGAACCCUGGUUGUGUUGGCGUGCAGUGAAUGAUAGAUGAGACCAGACUUUGCGGUACACGUUCAUGACUGUUUGACUAAAUGGCAAAUUACCAUUGGCUAUUGACCAGAUAGUGUAGGAAACGUAAAAUACCUACUGAAACGAUCUGAGUGAGUGAGUGAGUUGGAGUUUACGCCGCUUUUAGCAAUAUUCCAGCAAUAUCACGGCGGGGGACACCAGAAAUGGGCUUCACAUAUUGUACCCAGAAACGACCUGAGAAACCAACUGACUGUUUAUACACUUCCUUUACGAAUGUGAGUAAAUGUUAGUAACGGUUAAUGUUUCCAUAUAGUUCGCGUAGUGGGAUUAUAGUCAGUGUUACUCGAUUCAAGAUACAGUCAUUCACAGUAUAUUUAUAGUCACUGUAUGAUAAGCCACAUAGCAUCUACAAAGCGAACCUGUGAUAUUUCCAUAUGUUGGAAGAACACAUUAUUAACAUGAGACGUUUAUUGUUUCUGUCGGUUAUUGCCAAAUAUGUGAUAUUGAAAUAAAUCAAUGAGUGUUUUUU